GAUACUUUAGACCAUGGGUCCUAUAAAGCGAACCCAUAAUUUAUCCGAGAGCCCGGAUGUGCCAUCUGGACAGCAACGUGAAAAUAGAAAGCGAGCACGAUUAUCUGGUGCUUCGGUAUCUGAGGAAGUCCAUCCGUUCCUCCUAUCCACACCCUCUACUUCGUCACUGGACCAUACCGACGAUGAACACGAAUACAAGCGCGCGACCCAGGCAUUGCGGGACAAGUAUGAGAUGCUCGGAGAGAAUCGUCCUGUUGAGAAUGGUAUUAUCGAGCGCGUAGAUUGCUACAAUUUCAUGUGUCAUGAGCAUCUUUCCAUGGAGCUGGGGCCACUGAUAAACUUCAUUGUUGGUAAGAAUGGAAGUGGGAAGAGCGCUGUACUUUCAGCAUUGACUAUCUGUCUGGGUGGAAAAGCCUCUGCGACUAAUCGCGGUCAAAGCUUGAGGAAAUUUAUCAAAGAGGGCAAGGAAUCUGCUACGAUUGUUGUUCGGAUUAAAAAUCAAGGCGACAGUGCCUAUUUGCCUAAUGAAUUCGGCCGCUCCAUUACUGUCGAAAGACAUUUCUCCAAAAGCGGAACAAGUGGAUUCCGAAUCAAAAACGCUUCUGGUCGGGUAGUGUCAACAAAAAGGAGUGACCUUGAUUCGAUCACAGAUUAUUUCGCACUCCAAAUCGACAAUCCGAUGAAUGUCUUGACUCAAGAUAUGGCACGGCAAUUUUUAAGUUCUUCUAGCCCCGCAGAGAAGUAUAGAUUUUUUGUCAAAGGCGUUCAAUUAGAACAACUUGACCAGGAUUACCAUUUGAUUGAGGAAUCUAUCGAGCAUCUAAAUACCAAGAUACUCACUCACUCCGGUGAAUUGAAAGAUCUAGAAGCUAAAAGAGAUAAAGCUAGGGCUCGAUUAGCUUUGUCAAACCGCCAUGAAGGUAUUAGGGCCCGGUUGAGAAACUUACGUGCACAAAUGGCAUGGGUGCAGGUCGAGGAACAAGAGCGGAUACGCGAUAGCUUUGAUGAGGAAAUUAUCAAGGCCACCCAGAAAAUUACCGUUCUAGAGGGCGAAGUUGAAAGGUCCGACGCCUUAUACCAAGAUGCCGAUAGUGCCUGUGGGAUUGCUGUAAAUCUAGUCCGAGAAGCCAAAUCUGAAUUGGAUACCUUGCAUCAUAGCAAAAAAGAAAUCCAGUCAAGGUACGAUAGCGAUGUUCAAGAACGGCAUGAACUGCAGGCGACACAACGUACGAUACGCGAUCAUAUAAAGGCGGCAGAAGUCCGAAUAGAAGACGUGAAACAACAAAUUGCACAAGAAAUCCAAAGACUGGAAGAUAUCAAUGGGGGAAGCAAGGCACAGAGACUCAGCGAAUUAGAGGAGAUGAACGCUGCUGUCGAGGCCGCCCGCAAUCGCCAUCUCGAACACAAGAAAGACAUUUCUCGUUUACAACGUGAGAUAGUUCAGGCAGAAAACAAAGUUAAGGAUACAGGCGAACCGAUUACCAAACAAAGACAGGAGAUACAUCAAGCUGAACACCACCUCCGUAUCUUGAUGAAGGACCGCCUGCAGCAGGAGAAUGCAUUACCUGAGACUAUGUCAAAAUUAAUCAGGGCUAUUCAAGGAGAAAAUUCGUUUUGUCAAAAACCCAUAGGCCCACUGGGGAUCCACGUCACACUUCUUAAGCCUCAGUGGUCGUCUGUUCUAGAGAAGUCAUUUGGGAACACAUUGAGUGGGUUUGUUGUAACAAGCAAGCGCGAUAUGAAUAUCCUUUCUGGAAUAAUGCAACGUGUGGACUGUACUUUUCCUAUCUUCAUUGGAAAUGAAGCUGGUACCAUGGACACUUCUGCCCAUGAACCAGAAACCAAGUUCGAUACUGCAUUGAGGAUUCUUAAGAUUGAUAAUGAUCUAGUCCGUCGACAACUCAUCAUCAACCACAGCAUUGAGCAAAUGCUUCUUAUCGAGGACUUGCGCGAAGCUUCCAGUGUGAUGUUCACGAAUGCGCCCCCGAAAAAUGUGAGACGCUGCUACUGUAUUGAUGCAAGAGAUAGGAGACGAGGCAUCCAUUUGGGAUUUAGCCGGACUGGGGACCCCACCCAGUCUCCUCUUGGCGCAUACACGGGAAGAGCCCGAAUGAAAACAGAUAUUGAGAUUCAAAUCAGAAUGCAACAUGAUGUGAUAAAUACGUUAAAAGAUGCCUUGCGUGAGCUAGAAAGCGAGCACAGAAAUGCCCUAAACAAUCUCCAGAAAUGCAAGCAGGCCCUUGUGAGGCACGAACGCCGAGAACGAGACCUACACCUUGAAGUACAAAAGGCAGAGGAUUUCAUCGAGCAGUUAAAAGAGGCUAUAGAAAGGGAUAGCGUGGAAGAUGGUCGACUUGACUGGUUGAAAGUCGCCCUAACCGAGUCCGAAGACGACAAACGUGUGGCUGAGGCUUCGUAUGAAGAUGGUAUCAAUGCACUCGACGCUAUGAUGGAGAAGCUGAAGUCAAUCAAACGGGAACUUGCCGCUAAAGAUGCGGAAAUUGUAGCUAUCGAUCGGAAAGUCCGCAUCCUCGAGAGCGAAGAAAGUAGGGCUUCUGCUAGGCGGAGAAAGGCUCUUGACGAGAAAAAUGCUGCAAUUAGCCAAGUCGAAGCCGCGAUAAGGGAUAAAAUUGAAAUAGAGCGCAAUCGACAAGAGACAGUUGCUCGAGUCAUAGAUUUCAGCGAGAAGGCAAGCAUGGUUGCUCCCCGUGUCAACAUCGAUGAUGGAGAAACUCCACGGAGUCUGGAUAAGAAGUUGGAAAAGCUAACACAAAGUCUACAACAAUAUGAGAAGGAAAUGGGAGCAUCUCGAGAAGAAAUUGCGACUGCAGCCGCCGAAGCUGACGCAAAAUGCGAGCGCUCUAAAGAGCAGAUAACAGAUUUCAAACAACUUUCCGAGAUGUUAUUUGAUACCCUUCGAAAUCGACGGGAGAGAUGGGACAAAUUCAGAUCACAUAUCUCUGCAAGAGCUAAAUUGCAGUUUACAUACCUGCUAAGUGAGAGGAGCUUCCGUGGAAAGCUCCUUACGAAUCAUAAGGAAAAACUUCUCGAUCUUCAGGUGGAACCUGAUUCCACUAAAAAAACCUCUGGAAGGGGGACAAAGACCCUUUCGGGGGGGGAAAAAUCAUUUUCCCAGAUCUGCCUCUUACUGGCACUAUGGGAAGCAAUGGGCUCUCCAAUUCGUUGCUUAGAUGAGUUCGACGUGUAUAUGGAUUCGGUAAACCGCAAAAUCACGAUCGAAUUGCUAAUGAAUGCAGCUAGGCGGUCCGUUGGGCGCCAAUUCAUUUUAAUUACCCCAGGUUCAAGGGCAGAAAUCAGAGUUGCUCCGGACGUGCGGGUUAUUGAGCUUGCUGAGCCUGAGCGAGGUCAAAGCACCAUUUCCUUUGGAAGAUAG